AUGGGUUUGCUACAUCUUGACACCGCAUGGAUUACAGGUGUAGCCUCGGGAACCACGAGUACUGUUGCCCUUGCGAUUCUGGCUCUGGCGUUUUACUUGUGGACAGCGAGGGGAUCGGCAAUGCAGCACCUUCCUCCAGCUCCAAAAGGAUACCCUUUUCUGGGAAAUCUCAUGGACGUUAUGAGUGCGGGCGGCCUGCUACAUCUCAGGAUGAUUGAGUGGGCUCGAGAGCAUGGCGAGAUCAUCCGAGUCGUUCUUGGGCCCAACACCGAGUAUGUCAUCAAUUCUGACCGCGCCUGUGCCGCGAUAUUUCAAAAGAAUGCAGCCAUCUCAUCUGAGCGGCCCGCCUGGCUUGUUGGACAGAAGUACAUCACCAACUAUGAAAGCAUGGAUCUUUUGGAUGCCAGCAAUCCCCGAUGGAAGUUGCAACGGAAAAUAGCACUUCAGAAUCUCACUAGCGUCCAGCGGGCCGAUGCUGGUCUGCCAUUCUUGUAUCACGAAACGCUGAAGUUUCUACAUCAGGUUGCGCAAGAUCCAGAUGCAGGCACAGAGAAACAGACAAAUUUGUGGGAUAGCAUUGGGCGCUAUGUUUACAGCACUUUCACAUCCCAGCUUUACGGGCUCGAGAUAACGUCACCUGAUAGUGCAGCAAGCAAAUACAUUUUUGAAAGUGCCAUCGAUGAGAUAACAUCGACAAUCUCUGGUUUCUACAUCGCCGACAUCUUCACGGCGCUCGAUUACCUGCCCCUGGCUUUGAAGCCAUGGGCCAAGAAUGGGAUCAAACGACACGAUUCUGACGUUGAAUUUGUCCAGAACCGGAUGAACUACGCUAAGAAGCUUGUCAAUUCCGGAUCAGCUCCAGAUUCCUUCAUGACACGCGUUCUCACUAGUUCAGAUAAGUCUGGUGCUAGUGAAAUUGAGGCUGCCUAUGUUGCCCUCAAAUUGAUAGCGGCCGCAUCAGACACGAGCCGCGUGAGCACAUGGGUGUUCCUCGAGCAGAUGAUGAUGAAUCCUCACGUUCAGCUGCACGCUAGAAAGUUGAUAGACGAUGCUGUAGGAGACAGACUGCCAGUUUGGGGAGACAUCGAACGGAUACCAUACGUAAGAUAUCUCAUGAAAGAAACUUGGCGAAUGCGCCCGCCUGUUGGAAAUGCGCUCGCACAUCGUAUCACCGCCGACAUUGCCUACGAAGACUAUGUCAUCCCUGCAGGCUCUACUGUUCGACCAAACAUUUGGGCGAUUGGUCGAGAUCCCAAGCGUCACCCGGAUCCCGAUACAUUCAGACCAGAACGCUGGGAGGGCGACGAAUUGUCAACCCAGCAAUCUGCGAACCUACCUGAUGCCACCCAAAGAGACCACUUUGCAUUCGGAGUUGGCCGCCGGUUUUGCCCAGGUGUACAAGUUGCCGAAAGAUCAUUUGCCGUGGCUAUCAUGCGAACGCUAUGGGCCUUUGACAUUGGGGUUCGCCCCGGCACCCCAUUGCCGUUAAACCCUGACGACUACAUGGAGAAAGAACUUCCGGGAGUUCCUGGGAGCAGGCUUCCGCUGAGCUUGAAGGUCAGAUCGGAGAGAAAGUCAUUGAUCGAGGAGGUGUGGAAGAAAGAGUUGGCCGAAUGGCAGGUCUAUGGGAACAUGGAUCUGGAUCCUUUGGAGGAAGUACUGCGCGCACAGUAG